CACCACACCACACCGAAACAGAGUGCCUUUCGAUUUGUGGCUGAGAAGUAAUCUCUGAGGCCAACAAAAUUGACAAACACACAUUUAUUGUGUCACUUCUUAUGAAUUUUUAACAAUAAAUAAACAAACUCUCACUCUUGGAUCAUGCAAAACAACACACCUUCAAAUUCAAAGCCUUCAACUUCAAUUAUGCGAACGCUCUGUGAUGCUUGUGAGAGCGCCGCCGCUAUCGUUUUCUGCGCCGCCGAUGAGGCCGCGCUAUGCCGUGCCUGUGAUAAGAAGGUUCACAUGUGUAAUAAGCUAGCAAGCCGGCAUGUAAGGGUUGGUCUAGCAAGUCCAAGUGACGUGCCGCGCUGCGACAUUUGUGAGAAUGCACCUGCUUUCUUCUAUUGUGAGACAGAUGGAAGUUCCCUCUGUUUGCAGUGUGAUAUGAUAGUUCAUGUUGGAGGUAAAAGGACACAUGAAAGAUAUCUUCUAUUUAGGCAGAGAGUUGAGUUUCCAGGAGAUAAACCUGGUAAGUCAGAAAACCCAGCUUCACAACCUCUGGAUCCAGGUGAGACUAAAAGAGGGCAAAAUGCACUACCCAAAAUAAAAAUGGGAGAGAAACAGCAAAAUCACAGGAUGCCUCUGAUUCUGACGCCAGAACCAAAUGCUGAUGAGCAUGCCAUGAUGGGAACCAAAAUGAUUGAUUUGAACAUGAAGCCUCAGAGAAUACAUGAGCCAACAUCAAAUAAUCAGGUUGGAAGUAGAAGUAGCCUUGAUUUCCUGCUUUACUUGUCUAUCUUUGCAAGACACUGUGAUGGCUUAUUACACAUGUGGAAAAUAUUGAAUUAUUGAGCACUUGUCUAUGUUUGAGAGGCACCAUCAUUUACUGCUAUAAUGAUGACCCUCACAGUUGCAACUACUUAUAUAUGUGUCUCUCAGCCAUUCGGGGAACCGAAACAUAUUCAGUAUCUAAUUGUCUCUUCCAUUUUUCUUUUCUUUUCAUUCAUUUACUUUCAUGACCCUUAUCUCUUUGCUUUGGAGCACAUCUUUCUUGAAACUCAAGAAAGGGACAUCCUAACAAAAGAUGGUGCAAAUUUUCUCUCGUUUUAUUGUCAUGGUCCAAAACACCAACUACAACAACGACUACACGUGGAUGAAAAACGUGGAACUUGGUUGGCAUUACUCCAUUUGAGUCUGUGGCCCCUCCACUUUAAAUCAGUGUCCAGUUCAGCAGGGAUACUACCCUAUGGUUAAUAUGCUUCGAAAGGUAUAUAUAAUGGAAUGACAGAGAAACCAGUGUGUAAGCACCAUACUUCUCUGUUUUCUUGUUAAUGUGAGUUUAAUUUUUUUUU